AUGGCAGACAUGGACUGGGGAAACCAAACGACCUUCACGGAAUUCAUCCUCCUGGGAUUCGGGGAUCUCCCUGACCUGCAAAUUCUUCUCUUCCUGCUCUUCCUAGUGAUCUACCUCACAACAGUGGCUGGGAACAGCCUUAUCAUUGCGCUAGUUGUGACUGAUCAGCAACUGCACACCCCCAUGUAUUUCUUCCUGGGGAACUUGUCCUGCUUGGAAAUCUGCUACACCUCUGCCAUCCUGCCCAAGAUGCUGGCCAGUCUCCUGACUGGGGACAAAACCAUCUCAGUCAAUGGCUGCAUGACACAACUGUAUUUCUUUGCAGUUCUGGCAGGUACAGAAUGCUAUCUGCUAGCAGUGAUGUCUUAUGAUCGGUAUUUAGCGAUAUGUAAACCCCUGCACUAUUCAACUCUUAUGAAUACCAGGUUUUGCCUCCAGUUGGCUGCUGGCACAUGGUUAAAUGGUUUUUUGGCUAUUACCAUCUUUAUUUUAUUCAUGUCACAGUUCAUAUUCUGUGGCCCGAAGGAAAUUGACCAUUUCUUUUGUGAUCCCAUAUCACUGAUAAAACUGUCCUGUGGAGACACAGGCCUGAUCAUAUUGUUGGAUUUCAUAUUAGCCUGUGUAUUCACUUUGCCUCCAUUUCUUCUAACCCUGAUGUCCUACAUGUGUAUCCUCACUGCCAUCCUGAGAAUCUCUUCCACCACCGGGAGGCAAAAGGCAUUUUCCACCUGUUCCUCCCACCUCACUGUAGUGACAAUUUUCUAUGGAACAAUAAUGAUUGUGUACAUGCUACCGACACUCGAUACACUGAGAGCCCUAAAGAAAGUGCUCUCACUUUGCUACACAGUCCUGACUCCCCUGUUAAACCCCCUCAUCUACAGCCUGAGAAACAGAGAGGUCAGGGAAGCCUUGCGUAAAGCAGUCAAAAAUUUCCACCAGCUCUAUUCUUAUCUCAACAAAUCAGUGAACAAGUGCUCCUUGGGUUGGGCAUGCACCUCAGUUCUGUCUGCAGUCCGUAUUCCAACAUGGCAAGGCCUGGAUAUAGUUCAGGAUGCCAGAAAGAGGGUUUCCAAGAUGUUUGUGGGGUUUAACCCCAUACCGGUGCAUAUAGACUGGGACCGCCUCGUGAAGGCCAUCGACCCGCACCUGGGAGAGGUCACCAUCAACCGCACCAUCCCCGGCACCGACAGCCCGCUGCGCCCAGACAGCGUCGUCACGGACGAGGUUGGAAAAAAGAUCAUUCUGGUCGACGUAAUGAUUCCAUUCGAGAACAGGACCCUGGCCUUCCAUGAAGCCCGAGCCUGCAAGUUCGAAAAGUACAGCCCCCUGGCUGACACCCUGCGGACAAAGGGCUACGAGGUGCACACCGACUCCCUGCUCGUUGGAGCCCUGGGUGCCUGGGACCCAUGUAACGAACGCGUGCUAAGGACUUGUGGGGUAGGCCGUCAUUACGCACGGCUCAUGAGAUGCCUAAUGGUCUCAGACACUAUUCGUUGGUCACGGGACAUCUACACAGAGCACAUCACUGGCCACCGCCAGUACCGGGAGUGA